UUUUAUUAUCGAAACAAAAUAACACUCUGUUAGUAAAAAGCAAACAAUAACACAAAUGUUAAUGGUGCUCAAAACAAAUCCAUAUGCCUUUUAGUGAACAAGUAAUGGUUUCGACGCUGUGUUGAGUGUUGAUUAGGAGCGUUCUAGUCGCGUUGCGUCUCAUAAACAAAGUGUUUGAUUGGGCCAAUGGGUGGCGACGUCAUGACCCUGAACGUGAGAGACGCGUCGCGCGUAUAUUAUUGGAUACAGUAGUCCGCUUCAUAGACUGUAAACGGAGGCUUAUUUCUGUUUGUCGCGUCGCAGGGUAGAUGAGCGAAAGGGUUAACUGUGAUGUCAGCUGCAGAGGCAGGGACUGCUAUUCACUGCAAGCAGUUUCCACCCUGCUUUAAAUACAACAGUCAGUCAACAAACAGUGGUAGAGACUAAAUACAUGAACGAGGAGCAGCGAACGUCAGAGGGAAACGAGGAUCCACUAAGUGCUUUUGAAUGGCAAUGACAUCCUAACGCGUCUGCCGCAUCCCACAGUCAGACCAUGAAUUACGUGGGUCAGCUGGCCGGUCAGGUUUUCGUGCAGGUGAAGGAGCUGUACAGAGGUCUUAAUCCUGCCACUCUGUCUGGCUGUAUCGAUGUCAUUGUGGUGCGUCAGCCUGAUGGCACACUGCAGUGCUCACCGUUUCACGUCCGAUUCGGCAAGAUGGGUGUGCUGCGCUCCCGGGAGAAAGUGGUUGACAUUGAGAUAAAUGGGGAGCCGGUUAGUUUACACAUGAAACUGGGCGAAAAUGGAGAGGCGUUCUUUGUGAAAGAAACAGAAGAUGAUGGGGAGAUGGUUCCAUCCUACUUGGCUACAUCGCCCAUCAUUUCUGAAGGCUCUGCUCUAAUGCAGGCCCAAAUGGGUAAAGGCACGUCCCGCCUGUCUGAAUCUGGAAACGGAACCACCAUUCAAACCCUGGGCCCCAUGCAGCCCCCUGGUGACAGUUCAAUAAUGAAGAAAAGGAGGAAAAGGAGAAGAAAAUCUAAAGUAGACAGCAUGAAGCGUGAGGACAAUGGAGACUCAGAAGACGAGGACAUGUUUCCCAUCGACAUGAGUUCUGAUGAUGAUGACACAGAGGCUUCAGGCAGCAGAGCAAUGUCGCAUGAUUUGUUCGCUGAGCAGCUGAAAGGAGCAAGCAACACAUACAUGCAGUCUGAAAGGAACUGGGCUGGUGUUCAAAGCACCGGCUUGGAGAAGACCUGCUCUUUACCCAUUCCCACCAAUACAGGAUUAUCCAUCUCCUGCCCUCAACAAUCCGCGAUGUUCCACAGAACAGACAGUCCAAAUGGCUCCUUGCCAUCUACACCUAAGAGUGACUCAGAGUUGUUGGAUAGUCAAAGGAACAAAGGAAAACCAGACAAUCCUGAGAUGCUGUGGACAUGGGGAGAGCUGCCUCACGCUGCUAAGCCUUCAUUCCGGCAGCCGCUACCAGAGCCCAUGGUGGUCACCCCAAAGUCAAUACCGCGAUCUGAAAGCACGCACUUCAGAGCCAUCACUGGGGAUGGGAUGGUGGAGUCUCGGGGCAGUGUUAUGUAUGUGCCUGAUAUCAGAACUGAAGAGGCAACAUCUACUGCGGUUGAAGAAGUGGAGCCCAUCAGUGUAGUCGCUCAUCUGAUCACAGAACUCGAGGACGGCCGUCACAGUCCUGGAGCUCAUGCCAUUAGCAAGACGGACUCUCCAUCCAAAAGAAAAGACAAGAGAAGCCCACACUUGGGAUCAGAUGGAGUAUAUCUGGAUGACAUCACAGAGUUGGAGCCUGAGGUGGCGGCCUUGUACUUUCCAAAAAGUGAUGGAGCAACAUCUUUGAGGAGUGGAGCAGAUUCUAGAAGUGCCAAUCAGUCUCCUCAGUCAGUGGGCAGUAGUGGAAUGGACAGUGGGGUGGAAAGCUUUUCUGACCAGUUAGGAGACUUGCCUCACAUUGCGAUCUCUCUAUGCGGAGGUCUGUCAGAAAACAGAGAGAUCACUAGAGAGGAAUUUGAGGAACGUGCAAUAUCUUAUCAGGAGUUUGCAGAUAAUCCCGCUAUCAUUGAUGAUCCCAACUUGGUUGUAAAGAUUGGAACUAAGUAUUACAACUGGACCACAGCCGCUCCUAUUGUACUGGCAAUGCAGGUUUUUCAGAAGCCCUUGCCAACGGCUACAGUAGAGAACAUCAUGAAGGAGAAGAUGCCCAAGAAAGGAGGACGCUGGUGGUUCUCGUGGCGCGGAAGAAACAGCAGCUCCAAAUCGGAAUCAGCAGCAGACCAGAUUGAAUGUGGAGAUGAGUCAAUAAGAACAGGAUCUGUCAGCAGAUUAAAGGAUGAAUCCUCAUCCAGUGAAGAUGACAGUGGGGGUGCUAAACAGAUUGCUGUGAUGAAUCAGCCUGAAGUUCUCCAUAGCUCUGGAGGCCACUGCUACAGAAAGACACUUCGUUUGUCCCCAGAACAGCUAGCCAGUCUGAACUUAAAAGAUGGCCCCAAUGAUGUGGUUUUCAGCGUCACCACCCAAUACCAAGGCACCUGCCGUUGUGAGGGCACCAUUUAUUUGUGGAACUGGGAUGACAAAAUAGUGAUUUCAGAUAUUGAUGGCACCAUCACAAGGUCUGACACCCUGGGACACAUUUUACCAACUCUGGGAAAAGACUGGACCCAUCAGGGCAUUGCCAGACUUUAUCACCGAGUAAGCCAGAACGGCUACAAGUUUAUGUACUGUUCAGCUCGGGCGAUUGGCAUGGCUGAUAUGACCCGGGGUUACCUGCACUGGGUUAAUGAAAGAGGCACUAUGCUACCAAUGGGACCUGUGCUGCUUAGUCCUAGCAGUCUAUUCUCUGCAUUUCACAGGGAGGUCAUUGAGAAGAAGCCAGAAAAGUUCAAAAUCGAAUGUCUGACUGACAUUAAAAACUUGUUCUAUCCAAACGCAGAACCCUUCUAUGCUGCUUUUGGAAACAGGGCAACAGAUGUUUAUUCAUAUAAAGAAGUGGGAGUGCCUUUGAACAGAAUAUUCACUGUGAAUCCUAAGGGAGAGCUCAUUCAAGAACAUGCAAAGACCAACAUAUCAUCUUAUGGUCGUCUGUGUGAGGUUGUGGAUCAUGUCUUUCCUCUUCUGAUCAGAGGGAACACCACCGACUUCCCCUGUUCAGACACAUUCAGCCAGUUCACCUUCUGGAGAGAACAGUUACCAGAAGUAGAAAAGCAGGAUCAACAGGCUUGAGAGGACAAACUAACAAAAGCCAACAUCAGCUAAAUCUCAGCACUAACGCUGCACUGCCAUAGGUAUUACUGUACGCACAAGCAACCAAGCACUUUGCAGACCGCAUGUCGCCCUCUGCCUGUUCUUUCUAUAUUAUCUUAUUCUUUUAACAUGCAUUUAUGAUUUCUGUGUGUGUUCUGUAUGUUGAGUAUUAUGGAACUCAUAUUAGGGAUUUGUUUUGUUUGUUUAUGGUACAGUUAUUUCAAGUGCCAAAUGCAUUACUCAUAAAUCACAAGGUAAUUACAUUAUGCUAUUAGAAAUGUCUAUUGGUUUUGUCCAAGGUUGAUAAAUGAGGGAAGAUAAUUAUUUUAGUACAUACUAUAACAACGUUUGCUGAUCAAUUAUCAAAAAAAAAAGUUCCCUGGAAUUAAAAAAAUUAUAACAAUAGGACUCAGAUCUGGGUAUAAAUCAAGCUGUAGAAAAUCUCAGGUGUUUUAAAAUUUAUACAGGUAGUCAUUUGCAACCUAAGUCAACUUCCAUAAAUUUUUUUUUUUUUACUAAUUAUUUUACUUCUCCAUUUACCUAAGAACAAAUGAAGCAGAAUAUUACUGAAUUAUGUAAUCUGGACAACUAUGUACGACUUAUAUAUUAUUAUUUGCAUUCCUUAUUAUUAUUUGUGUAUAUAAUGUAAAGUACAUGAUAUGACCAGCAGAUACAAAUCAUUCAGAAAUUAAUGUUAUUUAUCAUACUCAUCAGCAUGCUAAACAAAAGCAAACAACAAUGCAAAGAACACUCAGGUCAUCAAGUAUUUCCUACCUGUAUUAAUUCCUUCAUAAUACCGUCAUAUAAUAUUUAAUACGCCAUAAACAUUUUCAUGCAUAAAACCAUUUUUGUCUAGUGAUUUUAGCUUUAUUUCAGGAUUUAAGAAUAUAAAACCUGAAUUCAUGGUGCAUUAUAUUAUCUUAAGUUCAUUUGAGUGAUCUGAGUUCUACCAACACCUCUACCCAAUGGUGCAUAUUGUUUGUCUUAUUAAAGGAUGAGCUGGAUUGCGAGUUAUGAAAGCAGUGUAUAAUUAAAUAUAUGUCUAUAGUGAAUGAACAAGGAUUUUGUGUAAUAUGUAAAUGGACAACAUUUGUGUAGUUGCUCCACCUUGUAUUUAACAAGGAAAAGUAUAUUCACCCGUUUAUCAAGGAGCACAUUAAAAAGCACUGACAUGAUGCAUGAAUGAUAAAGAGGCUUUAGAGACUGAUUUGAAAGAACUGUGUAUAUUUUAUGGCAAUUCAUGUGUUAUUGUUUUGCAAAUUAAAAAUAGUGUAUGACACAGAUGUGUGCAACAUGAAAAUGCAAUUUUUACUAAUCUCUAAUUGGUUCAGUUUGGCGAUAAAGACUUAUUGUAUGUGACAGAUGACUGCUACAAACUUACAAACUGUGAAUGAUCAGGUCAAAACAUGAUAGAAUGUUUCUGCUCUCUCUGUACUUAACAAAGAUUUCUUAUUCUGAACAAAAAAGUGGAAUAAUAUAAAGACUGUGGUACUAAAUCCAUGUAACAUGUCUUGUUCAUAACGUCCAUAACUUAAAGUUACAUUAGCUUUGUUCUGUUUGCAGUCUCCAUGGAGUUUUAUAUUCUUUCUGUGAAAGAUCUUGUUGCCUAAGUUGUGGCAGUUGAGUUGAUGUGUCAUUCUGUUAAGCAUUGAGAUGUAAAAACUACUGUUGCGUGUAUAUUUUAAGAUGCCAAAUCUCAGUAUGUAAAUUAAAAUCCCAUUACAUGAA